AUGACGACGGUGAAGACGCUGUUUUCAAUAUUCCCUCUGCUUUUUACCAUAUUUGUCACCAUUUUCUUUGCUUCGGUUUUUUUUUCUCCCUCUUCUUCUUUUUCUUUAUCUCUUCUUUCUUUUUACUUUCGCUUGUUUCUGUCUUUUUCUUUCUCUUGUCUUCACUCUUUUUCCUUCCUUCGUUUGUUUAUUCCCCUUCUUUCUCUCCUCUCUUCACCCCUUUGUCCUUCGUUCUUUUAUUUCAUUCUCUUUUCACCUCUCUUAUCUCUUUCCUUUUCGUGUUUCUUUCCCUCUUUUUCCUUUCUUUUUUUUUCUCUCUCGUCCUAUUCAUUUCCUGUUUUGUUUCUUUCUUUUCUCCUUUUAUUUCCUUAUCCUUGUUUCUUUUUUCUUCUCCCUUUAUUUAUCUUUUCUCAUUUCUCUCCUUACCUCCUUUUCCUUCUUCCCUUGUUUCUUUCUUUUCUUCUAUCCUUUCUCCAUGAUUCUGUCCUUUUUCCUUCUUUUUUUCUCUUUCUUUUUCUCAUUGUUCUCUCCUUUUCCCUCGCUACUGUCCUUUUUCCAGUUUCUCUUAUUUCUUUUCUUCUCUUUCGUCUACUUCUUCGUUUUCCCUACCUUUUCUGUAACCUCCGUUUUUUUACGCAUCUAUUUAAUACCUUCUCCCUGCUUUUUUCUUCUCACCUCUUUUCCUUCUUCUUUCUCUCUACUCUUUCUUUAUUUCUUCUUUUUUCUUUUUUGUUUUUUGUUCUCUUUCAUUCUCCUUUUUCGUUUUUGCUCAAUUUUCCUAUUUCUUCUUCUUCUUCUUCUUCUUCUUCUUCUUCUUAUUAUUAUUAUUAUUAUUAUUAUUAUUCUUCCUCCUCCUCCUCCAUCUCUUUUACUUUACACUUAAUUUCAAAUAAUCCAUUAAAAAAUCUCCCGCCAACCAAUCACGAAUUGCUGUCCUUAUUUUUCUCUUAUACAAUUACUCAUAAUACCAUUGGUACGACCAUUGCCUCUACUACGCCUCAUAACCCUCCUAACGCGGAUCUGAUCAUAUCUAUCUAUCUAUCUAUCUAUCUAUCUAUCUAUCUAUCUAUCUAUCUCAAGCUGAUCAUAUCUAUCUAUCUAUCUAUCUAUCUAUCUAUCUAUCUAUCUAUCUAUCUCAAACUGAUCAUAUCUAUCUAUCUAUCUAUCUUCUAA